AAUCUAAGAAACUGGACACACUUUUUCCUUAACUAAACAAAAUCCUUAAAAUUAAUAAUUUAAAAAUUAUUAAUUAACAAAAUUUGUAAUUUUUAAGGGGGACGGUAAGGUAGCGGUUGUCCGCUGCAUACGCUGUACGUACGUACUGCUACGUACAUGCCAGGCUCACGUGACAGUAUAAAAUGGAGACUGAUGACAUUCUUAGCAGUGUGGAAGAAACGACAAGCAGCACUGUUAGGUCAAACACUUCAAAUUUAUUGGUGAAUGACACUUACGACUUCAACUUUAAUGACGUCGACACAACGUCGGAAAAGCUGCAACUGCUAGCACAUCAUGAAGGUCCCAGAGACAGGUUCUCGUCGACUUAUUUCAUAUUUUUUGCCUUUGGUAUUGGAUCAUUUCUUCCGUGGACUGUAUUCAUUAUGGCUGGAGAGUAUUUUGAUUUGAAACUGUGGUCUGCUAACUCAACCUCAGACAAUCUCGAAAACACUUACGAAAGCUAUGUUUCAGCUGCAGCACAAUCAUCUAAUGUCACAUUCUUACUUGUGAAUGUGUACAUUACUCACCGGUUUACAGCAAAGAUACGGAUAUACUCUGCAUUGUUAUCAAUGUUAUUGUUACUACUUUCUACAGUUGUAUUUGUGUACAUUGACACAUCACAAUGGAGAUAUCAAUUUUUUGGAAUUACUAUGGUUACGAUAGUAGCAGUCAAUGCGGCAGGUGCUUUCUUUCUUGGUGGUAUUGUUGGUAUUGCUGGUAUGAUGCCUCCGAAGUACACACAGGCGGUUCUUGCAGGACAAGGAGUUGCUGGAAUGAUAACGUCAUUUUGCCAAGUUUUCUCUUUACUUGGCAGUGGUGGCACGAGAGCAGUACUAUCAGAUAGUCAAAAGCAACGAAGUGCUCUUGGAUACUUCCUUUCAUCGAGUGUCUUUAUCGCGUUCUGUUUGUUUCUCUUUAGAUUGUUGCAUAAUUUGCCAUUUGCCGUUCAUCACUUUGAAAAUAGCAAGAAUUCAAACAUUAACACUUCUGUGGGAGAUGGCCAAGAAAGAAAGCAGCCAACACAACCAAAGAAAUGGGAAGUGUUCAAGCAGAUCCGGAAGCCUGCCCUAGCUGUCUUGCUGACGUCUUUGGCUACUGUAUUUGUCUAUCCUGCUGUAGGGUCUCUUGUGAGAUCCACUGCAUGGAGCCAGCAUCGGUGUCAAGUGCACAGAAAUGACUCCCUAUUUAGAAACACUACUUAUAACACAUCAUCAGGCACUGCAUGGACCUGUACCUAUUUCACACCUGUUGGCUGCUUUCUUCUUUACAACGUUGGCAAUGCUGUUGGAAGACUGUUUCCUCGCUGCAUACACAAGCCAAAAAAUCAGUGGCUUUUUUUAGCAGUGUGUUGCAUACGCUUGCUGUUCCUACCUACAUGGUUGAUGAUGAGAUAUGAAGGCAUGGAGUCUCCUUUGCUGAACAGUGAUAUCUACCCAUUAACACUGAUGCCCAUCUUGUCUUUGUCAAAUGGCUACUUUGUUACACUAGCAAUGAUGUAUGGACCAAAGAGCAUUAGCGGGGAUGCUUGUAUGGAGACAGCUGGGUCAAUAAUGGCAGCUUUCUACGGAGGAGGUAUCCUAUUGGGAAGUCUGGUUUCCUUAAUAAUUGUGCAGAUCAUCAUUCCAAUUGUCAAGUCACACGGGUGGUAAUUUUGGAAUACGUGUCGGAAUGUCUUGGAGCAAGUAUGAUUUACUCAUAUUUCCUUCACCUGGAGAAUGCAAAUAUUAAUAACUGAUCAAUUUUGAUAACUAUUACUUAGUGCCCGCGAAUGUGAACAUUACUGAUAUUAUAUUGACACUUUAAAUAGCUAUCUGUACUUGCCUACCUCUAAUUGCAUUUCACAAAAUAAUUUGAUAAUUCAUCUGUUACUGUACAAUUUAGAACCUUCUACUAAUAUAAACAAUUUAAUUUUUACACUGCCAUUUGUUUAAAUCUCUAUACAACUUAUAA